UGAUUAAUUAACGCCAACUCUAGAUCUAGAUCCAUAACUUAUAAAUAUAUUUAUGAUCUAGAAUAGAUAUAGAAUUGUAUAAGCAUAGGCCCUAUUAUAAAUGGAAGAACAUAUAAGAAAAGUGAAAUAUAACAGUAGAUUAUGUAUUAUUAUUUAUAUUAGUGGCUUGUUGGAUUUCUUAGGAGUCAGCAUAAUUGUACCUAACAUAUUACCUUACGCCAGGAAUCUGGGCUCAUCUCCAACAUUGCUUGGAGUAUUAGGCUCUGUGUAUGGAUGUAUUCAGCUACUAAGUAGUCCAAUAGUGGGAAAAUGGAGUGAUUUAGUGACAAAACAGUAUAGUCUGUCUUUAUGCCUGUUACUUUGCAGCUUUGGAUAUGCUAGUCUUGGCAUUGUGGCUUCUUUGAUAGUACUUUUUUGUGGACGUUUUAUUUUAGGUUGUUUCAAACAUAGUCAGACCAUUAGUAAAGCUUUUUUAGCUGAUAUUGUCUCCAAGGAAAGUCUGCCUGCUGAACUUGGCAAAUUCAACUCCUUUUCUAGCAUAGGUUUUAUUAUUGGCCCAAUAAUUGGAGGUCAUCUUGCAGACAGCAGUGGUGGUUUCAUGCUUGUAGCUUUGGUUGCUGGAGUGGUCUUUUUAAUAAAUGCAGCUCUCAUUUGGUGGACUAUUCCUGCUGGCAGCCAAUUGAUAAAUAAACAGCGGCAAGAAGAUUCCAUAGAAAAUAAUAAAUUGUAUUCUGAUGAAUCAGACUUUACUUUUACCAAACUUUUAACUUCUUUUAAGGAAUUUGAUUGGGCUGAUCUUUGGGACCUAUUCCUCAUUAAAUUUUUGGCAGGAUUCUCUGUUCUAGUAUUUCGAUCAAACUUUUCUUUAGUUUUAAAAGAUAAAUACGAUGCCAACCAGAAAAUUAUAGGCUAUCUAACAUCUUACAGUGGUGCAGUGGCAACCUUGUUUGGUUUCUUCAUGUACAAUGUUAUUAAAAGAUACAGCAGUACAGCCCAAUUAUUUUAUCAUGUGACAAUUUUGCAAGUUUUUACAAUACUAUGUUUAAUGCUCUGUUCAACAAUAACACAACUUGUGAUAUUUUUAGCACCAUUGAGUGUUAUAACAUGCAUAUCAAGGGUAACUUCCACAACAAUCACUUUGAGUCGAAUCAUGAAUAGAAACACUGGCUCCAUAAUGGGUCUCAACCAAACUGUGUUGGCCAUGGCAAGAAUGUUAGCUCCAUUUGCUGCUGGAGUGGCUCAAGAAUUCAGUGUGGAUGGAGCAGCAUAUUUAAGUAUAUUUACAGCAAGUGCCAGUGUUUUGAUGAUGUGGUGGCGACCCCAGUGCCCAGAGAUCAGGAGGAUGAAAAGUCAGUAACUGUGAUUGUGUGUCUGUGUUGACUGGCUAGUAGUGUAUUGUGUGUGCCUGUACAUAAAAUGACCAGUUGACCUUCAUUGUACAUGGAUGAGUGAACAGCAAAGAAAGUUUGUAAUCAGGACUGUGUAAAAAUGGGUCAGAAUCACAAGAUGCUGAAGGAGGAGACAAAUAGAAGACUAAUAAAGCAAUGUGUUAAUCGA